UGCAAUCGUAGCAACAAAAAAAAGCCGUGUGCCAUCGGACGGACAGUACACCUUUUGGGCCGACAAGCGGAACCAAUUUCCAGUCGCGCGGGUAAAUUAAACAACAGAAUCCACCCGCCUGCUCGAUCAACGCCAUCAACGCUUUUCCACAAUCAACACACCACGCCGGUGGGCUGGACGCCGCAUUUCCACAUCGGCAAACGGCGGACCAAAGGUAAGCAACGGUGCACUGUUGUUUACCUUUUUAGUUGGCAAUUUUUCCUUCCCUACCGCAACCCGGCGAACAGACAGAAUGUCGCACACCAUCCUGCUGGUGCAGCCGGGGCAGCAUCCGGAAACGCGCACCUACAGCGACUACGAGAGCGUGAACGAGUGCAUGGAGGGGGUGUGCAAGAUCUACGAGGAGCAGCUGAAGCGGCGCAACCCCAACACACCGACCAUCACCUACGACAUUAGCCAGCUUUUCGACUUUGUCGAUCAGCUAAUCGAUCUCAGCUGCCUCGUCUACCAGAAGUCGACCAACACCUACGCGCCCUACAACAAGGAAUGGAUAAAGGAGAAAAUCUACGUGCUGCUGAGGCAGGCGGCCGGCACCAACGCGUAAUGCAAGCUCCUGUCUCUUCUAUUACCCUUUCUCUACACUUUCUUUAUUUUGUUUUUCUUUCUUUCGGGGCGGUCAUCUCUCCCUUUCUGGUGUCUCCCCACACACACACACACUUUUGAAGUAUUGAGCCCACCCGUUGUGACCCUUUCGGUUACGCAGCGGAAAUCUUUCUUUUUGUUCCAUCCCUUCCGCAUCGUUUCGUUCGUUGGAGCAUGUUUUAAUAUGAUUAUGCUGCACAGAAACACAUACCCACAGUCACUGUGAGACACACGGGAGAAGGAGAGAGGAUGGCCAAACCGUACUUAAAUCUGUAGCGUGUAAGCAAAUCUUGAACUAUCAACGCAAGCAAUCCGCAAAAAACCCUCCCACAGAGAGUUAACGGGGUUGUGUGCGGGUGUGUGUGUGCAUCAACGUCAACUUUGUGUAAAAUAAUUAGUAAGCGCAAACAUAGAGUACGAGAUGGAUCGAGCAAAUUCAUGAAUCUGAAUAAAAAUGAAU